UUAGAGAAACAGAGCAUGCAGUUGCGGGGCCACCUUUUAACCGCUCGCUUAUCUGGUAGGUGUUCUGUGGCGUCGUAUCCAACAUUGGCCAAAGAGCAACACAACCAGCGUGGAGUACGGCACGCUGCAGACGAUCGCAGACUCGACCGUUGGACAUUUCGUCGCACAGUUUUGCAAACCUGCACCAUGUACCACCUGUGCCGUGUUGUGCCACCCAUUCGUGGGGCCCUGUGCCAAAGCCUACGCCGCCACUAUGCCAAGGACAUUCGCUUCGGCCCAGACGUGCGUGCCCUCAUGCUCCAGGGGGUAGACGUGCUGGCCGAUGCAGUGGCCGUCACCAUGGGACCCAAGGGACGCAAUGUGAUCCUGGAGCAGUCCUGGGGUGCCCCCAAGAUCACCAAAGAUGGUGUGACUGUUGCCAAGGGCAUUGAGCUGAAGGACCGCUUCCAGAACGUUGGGGCUAAGCUGGUGCAGGACGUGGCCAACAACACUAAUGAGGAGGCGGGCGACGGCACCACCACGGCCACUGUGUUGGCGCGGGCCAUUGCGCGCGAGGGCUUCGAGCGCAUCUCCAAGGGGGCCAACCCCAUCGAGAUCCGCAAAGGAGUCAUGUUGGCCGUUGAGCGGGUCGUCGAGGAGCUAAAGAAGCUCUCCAAGCAGGUCACCACGCCUGAGGAGAUUGCCCAGGUGGCCACCAUUUCGGCCAAUGGGGACCGCUCUAUUGGUGACCUCAUCUCAGAUGCCAUGAAGCGGGUUGGCAGGGAUGGCGUCAUCACUGUCAAGGACGGCAAGACACUGAAUGACGAGCUGGAAGUGAUCGAGGGGAUGAAGUUUGAUCGUGGCUACAUCUCGCCCUACUUUAUCAACACGAGCAAGGGAGCCAAAGUGGAGUUCCAGGAUGCCCUGCUGUUGCUGAGUGAAAAGAAGAUCUCGAACGUGCAAGCCAUCAUUCCUGCCUUGGAGCUUGCCAAUUCCCAGCGCCGGCCCUUGGUCAUCAUUGCCGAGGACGUGGACGGCGAGGCACUCAGCACCCUGGUGCUCAACAGGCUCAAGGUUGGCCUCCAGGUGGCAGCUGUAAAGGCUCCCGGCUUUGGAGACAACCGCAAGGCGACGCUGCAGGACAUGGCAGUGGCUACAGGCGGCAUCGUGUUUGGCGACGAAGCCAACCUAAUCAAGCUAGAGGACGUGCAGGCGUCCGACCUCGGCCAGGUGGGGGAAGUGGUCAUCACCAAGGACGACACGCUGCUGCUUAAGGGCAAGGGCAAGAAGGAGGACAUCGACCGCCGUGUGGGACAGAUCAGAGACGAGAUUGAGCUCAGCAACUCCGAGUACGAGAAGGAGAAGCUUGGGGAGCGACUCGCACGCCUGGCCAGCGGUGUGGCAGUGCUCAGAGUUGGCGGUUCCAGCGAGGUGGAGGUAAAUGAGAAGAAGGAUCGGGUGAACGAUGCCCUGAACGCCACUCGGGCUGCUGUGGAGGAAGGCAUUGUGCCCGGUGGGGGCACUGCUCUGCUGCGUUGCCUGCCUUCUCUGGACAGCGUCAAGACGGAGAACGACGACCAGUGCACGGGCGUGGGCAUUGUGCGCAAGGCGCUCAAGCAGCCCUGCAUGCAGAUUGCCCAGAAUGCCGGCGUGGACGCAGCUGUCGUGGUACAGAAGGUUGUCGAGGGCAAGGACGACUUCGGGUACGAUGCCAUGCGCAACGAGUAUGUCCAAAUGAUUGGGGCCGGUAUCAUUGAUCCCACCAAGGUUGUGCGAACAGCCUUGCUGGAUGCAUCUGGUGUGGCCUCCCUCUUGACGACGGCCGAGGCUGUUGUUGUGGAGCUUCCCAAGGAAGACAAGGCUGAUGCUAUGGGUGGCAUGGGAGGCAUGGGUGCCAUGGGAGGCAUGGGUGGCAUGGGCAUGUAAAGAGGACAGCAGCAACCACCUGCUGGAAAAAACCUGGCACUGCAAUCUGCUCACAAGACGCCUGCAAGAAGAGCGGGAUCUGAUCAACACAUCCAGUGGAGUUUCUCGGUGGAUGCUAGCAAGAUUGCUCCUAAUGCUGUAGUAGUGUAUUAUAACGACUAAAUGGGGAGUACUAACGAGAGCCGAAGGAUUGGCCUGCAGCUUUGGUUAUGCUAUGCCCUUCCCCCUCCUCCUCUUUAUUUUUUUAGCCAGACUAUUUUGAACGAAAUGUGUAGUAUAGUUUAUAUAAAGUCAUGAGUGCUGGGUUCAAGAGCUCAGAAUUGGAUUACCCUUGGGCUCCACAGUUCGAUGUGUGCAGUGCGUCAGAGACGCGAUUUCGGUGUUGCACACUGCCUCUUCAUUUGACGGCUGGAGCAGUUCAUUGACGCCCUGUAUGCUGGAAAUGGGUGUCACAUGCGUGGAGCCAGCGUUUACAUUGUGCAUAGUAUUUGCGUAUUCCUGCAUGGAUGCAGGAGAUGCCAUUCAUUGUUGGGCUCCAUCAUCAAUCAUAGAGUAAAUGUGUAACAAAAAAACUGCGUGGUGUUUUUCAUGUUCAUAUAAAAAGUUGCUUUACUGA